AUGUCUUUAUACCCUUUGCAAAGAUUCGAGUCAAAUGACACGGUUUUCAGUUACACUCUGAAUUCCAAGACUGAGCUUCCUAACGAGAGUCGCAAUAAUGAAAAGCAACAUUUUACUCUCCAGCUCAUACCAAAUGCCAACGCCAAUGCCAAGGAAAUUGAUAAUAACAAUGUUGAAAUUAUCAACGAUCUGACAGGCAAUACUAUCGUCGACGGUUCUGCAAUCACAACAACGACAUCAAAUCAGCUGGAAAGAAGGCUUUCGAUAUCAGAUUAUCGUACAGAAAACGGCAACUAUUACGAAUACGAGUUUUUUGGUAAAAGGGAACUUAACGAGCCAUUAUUCAAUAACGAUGUCGUUGAAAAUGAUGAUGAUGAUGAUGAUGACAUUGACUUGAAUAAUGAGAGCGAUGUAUUAAUGGUUAGCGAUGAAGAGCUAGAACUCAAUGAAAGAUUUUCCUUUCCUAAACAGCAGCCUCUUGACGGAUUAAACCGGAUUUCUAGUACUAAUACCUUGAAAAAUUUGGAAAUCCAUGAAUUCAUAAUAGAUCCAAUCGAUAAUAUUGAUGAUGAGCUCGAGGAUUCUUUUACUACUGUGCCCCAAUCCAAAAAAAGAGUUAAGGACUACUUCAAAUUAAACAUAUUCGGUAGUAGUAGCAGUAAUAAUAAUAACAAUAAUAAUAAUAAUAAUAACCUUGGUUGUGAACCUGUUCCGAACGAAAGUUCUUCCUCGCAAAAAAUGUUCAAAAAUAGAUUCUUUAGGAGUAGGAAAAGUACUCUUAUUAAGUCGCAUCCCCUUGAGCAAGAAAAUGAAGUGCUCAUAAAUUCGGGGGUUGACGUUUCCUCUAAUGACGAUAGCGAUGGGAGUGACCAUGCCAUAAUAAAUCCGUUAAAAUUGGUCGGAAAUAAUAAGGAUUUCUCUCUUCAAAGCAUUGCAAAGACAACAAAUCCAUUUAAGUCUGGUAGUGACUUUGAGAUGGUUGAGCCAGUCUCCAAAUUCUGCGAUGAUUCGAAAAAGGACUUACUAUCUAUCAUAUCAGAAUCAUCAUCUUCCCCCUCUCCUUCAACACCGUCACCUUCAGUAUCAUCCUCCUUCUCUUCUCAUGGUUUAGUGGCGAGAAAGAAAACAGGCAACAUGCAGAAGACUCGCGGAAGAAAGCCUUCUCUAAUUCCAGACGCUUCCAAGCAAUUUGGAUGUGAAUUUUGCGAUAGAAGAUUCAAAAGACAAGAGCAUUUAAAGAGGCAUGUCAGAUCCUUACAUAUGUGCGAAAAACCUUUUACAUGCCACAUCUGCAAUAAGAACUUCAGCAGAAGCGAUAAUUUGAACCAGCACGUUAAAACUCAUGCUUCUUUAUAA